CUUGUACUGACGCAGAGAUAUGAAAACAAAACAGAAGCAAAGCUUAAAGAGCACAUGCAGAUAAAGCAAAGCUUAAAGGACACAUACAGAUGGCAACCAUGGAGCAAGCACGAGGACUGGCAGAGGAUCUACUCUGUUCCAUCUGCUUAGAGCUCUUUCGCGACCCUGUUACACUGGCAUGUGGGCAUAACUUUUGCCGUCUUUGCAUCACCUUAGUUUGGGACAGUGGGGACAUGGAAAGCCGUUGCCCACAGUGCCGUCAGGUCUUUCAGGAACAGCUACUCAUCAACAACUGUGCCCUGGCCAACAUGGCAGAAACAGUCAGGUCUAUGAAACUGGACAAACUUAAUGAGAAUCCAGUGCAGGAUACUGGUGGACAAGAAUCUGUUUCUGGCCACGACUCUCUGAGAUCUGGAGAUGCUUCUGAUCAGAUUCAUAUCUGUGAUGAACACAGAGAAAAUCCAACUUUCUACUGUCAGACAGAUAAGAAGCUUUUAUGUGAGCAGUGCCGAGAUGGGCUACAUCAUCGAGGCCACCGACUCAUUGCAGUUGAAGAUGCUGUCAAGAUUUAUAAGGAGAAGCUCAGUGUGUCCAUUCAGCUACUCAAAGAGAAGAAGGCAGCCUUUGUUUAUGCCAAGACAAACCAAGAGGGGGCCAUUGCAGAUAUCAAGAGGAAGUCUCAGUCCCUCAACUUGCACAUUGAAGAGCAGUUUGCCCAGCUGCACCAGUUCCUCAAUGAGCGGGAGCAGAGGUUAAAGAUGAAGCUGCAGUCUAAUGAACGGCAUGUUCUACAACCCAUGAUGAGGAAUCUGCGCAUCAUCCAACAGGUCCUCACCAACUUCGAGGAGGAGAUUUCCACCAUGCAGGCAUGGAUCCAGCAGCAAGAUGGUAUCACCUUCUUGAAGGUGGCAGAUCCUUUCUCUGUAAGUGCCGAUUUCCAGAGAAUCCUAUCUGUUCACAAAAAGACAGCACCAUUAUCUGGGGAGCUGAAAACAGCUGAGUUCCGAGGACCGCUUCAGUAUGCCGUAUGGAAGGAGAUGAAGUCUAUCAUUAAUCCAGUUCCUGCUCCUAUGUUGCUGGAUCCUGAUACUGCUGGCCCUCGAAUUGUACUUUCAAAAAACCUGACUGCUUUGCACUGGACAAGCAUCAAAGUCAAAGUAAAGGACACUCCAGCACGCUUUGACUAUGACCCUUGUGUACUUGCUUCAACAGGCUUUGCCUCAGGAAAGCAUUACUGGGAAGCAGAUGUAGGGGAGAAUGAAAACUGGGCCAUGGGUAUAGUUAAAGAAUCAGCCAAAAGAAAGGGCAAGAUAUCUCUCUUGCCACAAGAUGGUUAUUAUACCAUUUGUCUGCGAAACUGGACACAGUACUUCGUUCUUUCUAAACCCUGCACAGAGCUUCCUGUAGCUGUAAAGCCCAAUAGGAUUGGAAUUUAUCUGGAUUACGAAGGCGGACAACUUUCUUUCUUCAACGCAGACAUGAUGGCUGAAAUGUACACCUUUAACUGUGUGUUCAAUGAAAAGAUGCUUCCUUUCUUCAUCCCAUCUUAUGGCUCAAAAGAGAAAAGUGAACCUCUAAAGAUAUUUCAUUUACAUUUGUAAAUGGAUAUGUCUUAGUGCAUACUUGAAAACAUUCUUUAUGUCUCCUUGAAUAUGUCUGAAAACAUACUACUUGGUAAAUACCCUGUGCAUCUCAUACUUUUCCAUGAAUCAAAAUGAGGAAACAACUUCCAGAAUGUGCUUGGGCACACAUUUAUAAGUUCCAACAAUAUAGCUAACAUACAGUUCUUAUCACAAGAAAAAAAGAACUCAAAGACUGCAGUGCCCUCCAUACCUCUCAACUGUACAGAUUUUCGCAGAAUGUCCAGAUUUUUGUCUCAUAUUUUUGGCCUGCUCCUCAUAAAAAUUGUGUUUUUGACAAAUCACUGUG